AUGAGGCGAAAGGGACGAGGCGAAGCAGAUGGUUCAGCAGCUCAGCUCAGUGAGACGACAGAAAUGAAGCUGAGGUUGAAGCGGGAGAUCGGACUGCCCAGUGCUGUGUCAUUAAUUGCCGGGACUAUGAUUGGCUCAGGUAUUUUCAUGUCUCCAGAGUGGGUGCUGCGUAACAUAGGCAGCCCUGCUGGCAGCCUCAUCAUUUGGGCAGCCUGCGGCCUACUGGCCACCUUUGGAGCCCUCUCAUAUGCUGAGCUGGGAACGAUCAUUAAAGAGUCCGGCGGCGAAUAUAUUUACAUUCUGAGGAACUUUGGCUCUCUCCCUGCCUUUCUUUUCGCAUAUACGUCCGUCAUUGUGGUAAGGCCCGCAGGUGUGGCGGCCAUCUCGCUAAGCUUCGCCGAAUAUGCUGUGGCUCCCUUUUAUCCGGGGUGCUCCUCACCUCAAGCGGCGGUCAAGUGCACAGCUGCAGCCUGCAUCCUGCUUCUAACUCUGGUCAACUGCCUUAGUGUUAGGCUGGCCACUUCUAUUAUGAACAUUUUUACAGGUGCCAAGCUCUUGGCGCUCUUGGUGAUUGUUAUCGGAGGAGCGGUGUUGCUGGUUAACGGGCAGACGCAAAGUUUCCAGAAUGCCUUUCAAAACACAAGGUUAGGGGCUGGGGCAAUUGGAGUUGCUUUUUACCAGGGUCUGUGGUCGUUUGAUGGAUGGAACAACCUGAAUUACGUGACUGAGGAAAUUAAAAAGCCUGAAGUAAACCUGCCUAGGGCAAUGAUGAUUGCCAUUCCUCUGGUGACAUGUUUUUAUUUGCUGGUCAAUGUGAGUUACUUCGCAGCCAUGACUCCAAGUGAACUUCUGUCUUCCGGGGCCGUGGCCAUUACCUGGGGGAACAAAGUUCUGGGCAACUCAGCAUGGCUGAUUUCAUUGUCAGUUGCACUGUCCACAUUUGGGUCAGCGCAUGGAACAUUCUUCAGCGGAGGCCGAAUGUGCUACACUGCAGCAAGGGAGGGCCACAUGCCAGACAUUCUGUCAAUGGCACACGUACGACGCCUCACCCCUUCCCCAGCGCUCAUAUUUACAUCAGCAAUUUCUUUAAUUAUGGUUAUACCUGGAAGUUUUAACCGCAUAGUAAACCUUUUCAGUUUCACAGCUUGGCUUUUCUAUGGGACAACUAUAGCUGGACUCUUGUACUUAAAGAUCAAGAAACCAGAACUGCCAAGAUCUUACAAGGUACCGAUCAUCAUCCCAAUAAUUGUGCUGGUGACCUCGGUGUACCUUGUGCUGGCACCUAUCAUCGACCAGCCUCAGACAGAGUUCCUCUAUGUCAUCCUCUUCAUUUUAAGUGGUGUCAUCUUUUACUUCCCCUUGGUGCGCUACCAGUAUCAUCCUGCCUUCUUAAGAAGAUUCACUUUGCAUCUGCAGCUGCUUCUGGAAGUUGCCCCAGCUGAAAAGAAUCUGAACUGAUUUAGUAUCUAUGUGAUUGUAGUGAGGGCAGCUGAGACGGGAGGGUGUUUUAGUGGGAACAACUGUGAGGUUUUUUUUUU